UUGCGUUGCUUUCUAUUCCAUACUUGUCAUUAUAGUUAUUCAUAUGUUGUUGAACAUCAACCAAUUGGAAAGCUGUUGUUCCAAGAGUUUUGCGAAUCGACUAGCCAUGAGUUUCUCCAGGCCUGCAUAUUUUUGAACAAGGUUGAGGAAUACGAGACCUCUGAUGAUGACGGCCACUGCCGACGAGAAUUGGCGCGAUCCAUCAUCUGUCUUCUUGCACCUCGUGGUGAUACUCCUUCAUCAUCACAGCAUGAACAGUGGUGUUCCUUCUUACCUGAAAACACCAUAUCAUCCAUUCUCGCCGCUGCAGAUUCCGCUGCUCAAGAAGAAGAACCUCGAACGGACAUUUUUGCUGAAGCAUACAAGUGUGCUCAAUCUUUUUUCGUUGCUUCAGCUUUGUUACACCGUUUCUGA